CUUAGUGCUAAAUUACCUCCAACGCCAUGGGCAGGCUGAGAUCACAGUGCCCUCUGCCAGGCCAGCAGCCUCGGCCCUCUGUCCUUAUAUGCCUCGUGAUCCUGCCAGCUGCUUUUCUGACAUAUCCCCUGCUCAAGACCCUUAGCCUCCAGCUCCACUCAGCCAUCACCGGCACCUAUAUCUCUGGUACUCACUCCGUCGUCUUCAUCAACUGUCCCAACGAGCAGAUUGCCAGAGACAUUGCCAGGGUAGUACUGGAGAAGAAGCUGGCUGCCUCUGUGAACAUCCUGCCUAAGGCUUCUUCACUGUAUUUUUGGAAGGGAGAAAUAGAAGAAGCCACUGAGAUCAUGUUGUUAAUAAAAACUAAGACUUCCAAGGUCCCCAUGCUCUCCAGCUAUAUCAGAUUGGUGCAUCCCUUUGAAAUCCCAGAGGUCUUCAGUCUAUCCAUGGAUCAAGGAGAUGUGCACUAUUUAAAGUGGCUUGAAGAGGCCAUGGAGGAGAACUGAGUGGGGGAAUCUUCUUGUGCAUCUUGUUGACUGCCACUACCUUCCAUCGGCUGCACUCUGGGAAGAGUGAGUUUCCUUCUGCCUUCCAGAAUCUCUGGAUUUUGUGUUACUGUUUCAAGGUGGCCAGAGGUGGGAGGGCAAGGGUGGUUGUGUGUACGGAUGAAGAGGUGGCAGUGAGGAUGAAGUUUGUCAUCUUUAGUCGCCGAGCCUAUCUCAAAUGCCUGAGGGGUAACUGCUCCCCUGCUUCUUAUGGGGAGGAAUAGAUCCAGUGACCUUGUUCACUUGGAAGUAUAUGGUUGAAUGCCUCCUUCUCAGAGGACUGGCAGGUGCUGUGUUCAGGAUGAAUUGUAACAGUGGAAUUUCAGAGAUCAGCAGGAUUAUUUUCCUAAAGAGGCUUUUGUUGCUCUGGAGUCUUGAGGAGGUGGCACUGAGGAUUAGGGCUUAAACAUGGCCUCAUGGGUUGGCAGAAAGUCUUGUCUUCUUCUUAGUCUGAAUGUAAUAGACAUCAAGUUCUGGUGCCUUGCUCAGGGGAGAUGUAGAUUCUGUGAGUUUCCUUCUGCCUCCCAGAAUCUCUGGAUUUUGUGUUACUGUUGGCACAAAGGAGCAAUCAACCUGUGCAGGCUGAAGGUCCAUGGCUCCUGAGGCUGGAAGAGAAGGUUGGGCAGAAAGAACCCAGAGGAAGAUCAUACAUCUUGACCAAGUCGUUUUAUCAAUUAUUAAAGAAAACAACUUAUAGAUGUCCAGAAAGGCCAUGACAUGUUGUUACACAUGGUACUUUCAUGGCUGCUUGUGCUGUGUCGCCUCCAGGUGGAAGAGCAUAGGGAAGGCAGGGAAUGCUGAGUCCUAGCAGUGAGAAGAGAAAUUUAACCCAGGCCUUGCCCAUGGACCUGUCAGAGUAACUCCAUUUUGUGGGGACCACAGCCAUUAGCGUUGGGAACCACAGGCAGCUGUGGUAUGCUGUUCUCCUACAGGAGAAGGUGUGUGAGUGAAGUUCUGACACCUGCUGUGCUUCUCCCACCUUAGUACUCCCGGAUAUGAAAUGGGGGAGAUGUCCAAGGACCCAUCUGUGAGGACCUUGUAGGAGUUGUAGGCUGAGGCCCUUCCAAGUGUCCAGAGGAUGCCAGUGGGGAUUUGGGGGGCUGCCUGGGGAAAGUAAUAAGAGAAUCUAGUGGUGAUGUCACUUGCUUUUUCUAACAUCAAUUUCUGACACAUAUGCAAAUCUUGUAUAAAAUAAACACUACUUAAAAUGCAUUACA